AUGCCAAUUGCAAUUGACGAACACACCAGCAAUGUCGACGCAUCAAUACCGUUGUGUCACAUUGUGACCCCGGUUGGCAUGCUUGGCUAUGGUCUUAAGGAGGAUGAGACCAUAGCCGCAUUGAAGCCUUUCGUCGCGAGUGGCGUUCCGACCGCCAUUAUCUUGGAUUCUGGAUCGACAGAUAGUGGGCCGGACAGACUUGCCCAAGGCAUAAUGGGAUGCCCACGGACCGCAUACGUUCGAGAUCUUAGGAAAUUAUUGAAGCUCGUCCACGAAUAUCAUGUCCCGUUAAUUUUCAGCUCAGCGGGCGGUGACGGUACUGAUGAGCACGUUCGAGAAAUUGUAGGCGUCGUUGAGCAAAUCGCAGCCGAAGAAGGAAAUGACGGAUACUCAUUCAAAACUGUCGCUAUAUUCGCCGGAAUUAAGAAGGAACUUAUUCGAGAACGUCUAAGAGCUGGAGCAAUUAGCGGGUGCGGAGCAUGCGUUCCGCCGCUGACGGAAGAGGAUAUCGAUGCAUCGCCCCGAGUCGUUGCACAGAUGGGUCCAGAGCCAUUUAUCGAUGCGAUGCACGCGAAUCCUGAUUUCGACGUUAUCGUAGGUGGUCGCGCAUAUGAUCCUGCUCCAUAUGUCGCUUACUGCGCGUACCUAUCCGGAUUGGACCUAAACGACUAUAAUUCGCCGAUAGUUCAGCGUCAAUUCGGCGGAUUCACGCAUAUGGGCAAGAUUUUAGAAUGUGGAGGGACUUGCGCUGAACCAAAAUCUCACGGCGCCAUCUCUACCGUCUUCAAGGAUGGCAGUUUUACGAUCUCUCCCUUAACACCAACAGCACAUUGCACACCUGUAACAGUCGCUGCGCAUACCAUGUACGAGAAAUCGCGACCGGAUAUAUUGCACGGACCGGGAGGAUAUUUAGACUUAAAUUCCGCAACAUAUGAACAACUCGAGGACCAAAGGACGAUCAAAGUGCGCGAUGGUGUAUUCAAUUUCUUAAAAGGACGAGGCCUUCCAUACCAAGUGAAGCUGGAAGCGGGUUGCGUUGUCGGUUACCGUUCAAUGUUUAUGGGUAGCGUUCGAGACCCAAUUUUAAUUAAACAAUUCGACGCAUUAACUGAUCUCAUCAAGAAAUAUGUCGCUGACCAACAUAGCGACGUUACCGAGAAAUGGGAGCUUGACUUUCAUCUCUACGGAAAACCAGAAGACAAUCCACAGUCGUCGGAGAUAUUUAUCAUCGGCGAGGCGCUAGGAGCUACACAGGAAUUGGCAACCAGCGUCGCAGCGACAGCUAGAAUUGGUGUCAUUCAUGGAAGUUAUCCGGGGCAGAAGGCCACUUCAGGGAACUUCGCAUUCGGUAUUGGUGGAAAGACUGUCAUCGAGUUAGGGCCGUGCACGCAAUUUUCCAUGUAUCAUCUUAUGGACCUGAACGAAGGCGAGGAGGGCCUAUCUUUAGAUAACGAAGCAGAAGAGCCUGUCAAGAACGGUGUAAACGGGAAUGGAACUCACAAGCAAAGAACCCGACUUUUUACCCAAUCCGUUUCAUUGAUUGGAAAGGGAGAUAGGUCUUUGCAGAAGUCCCCUGCGCUCCUCACCAAUGGACAUGCCGACACCGUUAAGUUAAUUACGGAGAAGAGCUCUGCCACCACCCAAGCGAGUAGUACGUCGACCUCUAAUGGACACGCCAAAGCUAGUACCCUGGGGGAUUUGGCUAAAGUUGUCAGGUCGAAGAAUGCCGGGCCAUUUGAAAUCACCUUCGACCUCAUAUUCGAAUCCAGGGACACCUACCUAAAAGUGAAGGAUUCCGGUCUAUUAUCCCCCAAGACAAUAGCAGAAGCUUAUAAGUUAGCUGAGAGCGAUAUUGUCUGGUGCGGAUUUUUCGACCCGGCGCAAGCAUUCAAAGCCACUAUUCCGCGAGUGAGGCGGGGCAAGCGUGCUGCCGGUGGAGGUUUCAUGGAGAAUGAUGUCCACGGAUCCCAACAGCAUCUUGAACUUGUGAACUUGAAACUACCAGAGGAGCUGUUGGCAAGUCUAGCCUAG